UAUGACGUCCUCUGAACUGCUAGAAAUAGUUUGGUCUGAUGAAAGUUUGAAUUCUGUUUCACCAGAUCAUGAUCAUUUAUCUUUCUACGAAAGUCCUGCUGCUAGUCCAUAUUUUUCACAUCAUUAUGGAACUAUGUCAUCAUAUUUCAAACAACCUUAUAUGGAUCAUCAUUUCCCGGAACUAAGCAAACCAUACCAGAAUAUGUGGAAACUUGUCAGCAAACGUGAAUUAUCGCACAUCAUUACGAGGCUGAGGCGAAGUACACUUUCUUCUCGAACCAGACAGAAAAGACCACAAAGUGAACAUAUUGGCGAUCACGUCAAACAAGAGGAACAACGCAAAUUAUGCAUGACUCCAAAUGGACCAAAAGAAUUUCGAAGCUUUCGCUGAGAUUUUAAUGUCUCAGUGUCGGUGCUUUUAAUUAUUUGCAAUAACAAUUAA